CAUUGAGUUGGCGCCACCCAGCAGCAUCGCAUCGGUUCUGGAGAAGAUUCAGAUGAGAAAGGAAUCAUCCAAGAAUUUUUGGUGCAAGGUUGGACGGGUUGAGUGUGUGAUUGAUCUCAAGAAGCGUCUGAGCGAGGCUAGUGAGAUCAAGAUAAACCUUGAAACGGACGCAUCAGGACUCAACACUGAACCUCCAGCCUUGGAAACAGAAAAACAUCUGAUGCCAUGUGAGGAGGAUGCUGCUUCUGCUGCCCCAGCAGCCAUCACUCAAUCUGCAAUGCCUGAAACUAAAUCAGAGCUCAGCAACAAACUACCUGAACCUCCUAAAGCUGAAAUCACCUCAACAUCAGAAGAAAGUCAACCCUGUGAGAACAGUCUCAUUGUAGAAGUUCCUGAUAAGAAGAGCCAAACAAGUCCAGAGUCAGGAUCUGUCAGCAGUGUUUCUGUAGAGUCCACUGAGGCCUCUUUAUCUGUCAGAACUGAGGCAACAGCUAAGGAACUGGUCCAAAAGGAAGCGGAUGGUUUAGACUUCUGUCUGACUCCUGGAGAGAGGAUAGGAAGCCUGCUGCAUCCUCAGAAAAUCUGCUGUCUUCCCCAUCAUGUCAUCAUGUCUCCAAAAAUUUUUUCAUUUCAGACAAGACUUUUACUGAUAACCAACCUGCCACAGUACCAGGAUGGCUGCUACACUGAAAGCGGCAUCAGCAAUCUGCUUUACAAAUUUGGGUUUCAAUAUGAGGAGAAAAACAUGUAUGUGAUUCCUCAGGCCCGCAUGGCUUUUGUUCUUAUGCCCUGUUAUCGUAAAGCAAGAGAAGCCUUCUUGGCUGCAAAAGAUGGCUUGAGUCUCAAUGGAUCUAAGCUUGGUGUGGAGAUCAUCAGCAACGGGAUUAUUAUGAUACCUUUCGGAUUUUAUAAAUCCCUGAUGUUAACAAUCAACCAUCCAGUGCAUAACGAUGGGAGCAGUACGAUCUACAUCCACAACAUCACAAUGAAGGAGACCAGGGAGCUCAGAGAAACACUACGGAAAAUGGACUCUGUUAAAAACUUCCUUCCUCUGCUCAACAAGGUGUUUAUUGAGUUCAAGUCUGCUCUUGAUGCUGAUUUGUUCGGAAUUCAGUUCAGCCUUCUAAAGAAUCGCCCGCCACAUAACAUCUACAGGAUGAAACUUUCCAAAACAUCAUCAUCACCACCACGGCUAGCUAUACCAGACCUCAGAGAUAUGGUUGUUGGACCAGUCCUCCCUCUGACUGAUGAUGGCGUUCCAGAGGGCAGCACGGCGCCAUUUUUUAUCACCAUGGCAACUGCUCCCUUUCUCUUCCCCACAACAUUUCUUUGCUACAUCAUUCCAAAAUUUAGGACGAUCAAUACGGAGGAGGACCUGUCGACAUUGGAGUCAGUGGCCUCAAAGUUCUCCACUGUUAUGUUGACGGGUUUACCUGAAGCUAACUUCAAACACCAGGAUGUCGCUAAGCUGGUGUGGGAAUAUCUUCCUCAGCAGGAUCUUCAGACUCUGUUCUACAGCAUCGUGGUUCUACCUCUGCAAAGAAGGCACGUCCCAGAGCUCCAGUGUCUGCAGGAGCGGCUGGUGUGUGUGGAGCUCUCCGAGACCUCUGUAGACCUCAUCAACUGCAUCCUAACAGCAGUGGCCAACAUCUCUCCCAUUGUCAACUUCCUGUCACUUGCUAACAGGUUAUGCAUCGAGAUGGCUGAAUCUAGUGGAGUAAACCUGGUGGUUUCAAGGCUACCAGAUGCAGCUAAAGCCUGGAAUAAUGUUCCACGUGUUGAAUCUGUGAGUAGCCUAAAACAGCGUCUGAAAGACUUUGGCCCGACCAAACUAGGUCUUGAUCUGGACACCAAAGACACCAAUGCUAAACCUUCAGCUACAAAGAGUGGACCGUCUCCUAAUGCUCCUAUUGAAAAACAAACCCUACCUGCUGUUCAAGGAGAUCUGAUGACUGAGAAUUUGGCUACAAAUGGAUCUGGAUCAGAGGAAAAGAUCAAAAACUCUGAGCCCAAUGUUCAGAGGGACAUUUCACCAAACAGUUUGGAUUCCUGUGGGAAAGAUGGAGGAUUAACAGUGGUUGAAAGAGAGACGACUGAAAGUAGAAAUGAGAAAUCUCCUGAGAAGAACCAACAGGCUCCAAAUGUUUAUGUUGAGGUCAAAGGUGAGAAUGUAGCUGAAUCCAAAGGAGGAGAAACUGCAGAUGAAAAACCCACAGAGAGUCCGAUACCAAGCGGCACAGUUCAGACUGAGGCAUCUAAACCUCCAAAUGAUCCACAUCAGAGCCCAGAGACCAACUCAGAAACCCAGCAGAGCUCUGUGGAAGAAGCUCCUGCACAGGUCCAGAACAGCAUGAAGCUGAAGCCAGAAGAUCUGAAGACCAAAACCAACAUUUCAGCAAACUCUGAUCUUAUGGAGAAUCAGAAGAAACCAGCAUCUUCUGCAGAGAUUGAAGCGAAGAUUAAAUCCUCAACAGCAGAGAGAGAAUCAGAGCCCACUGCUGCAGCACCUUCAAAUGAAGCGUCUCCUCUGACUCCUGGAGAGAAGAUGCAGCAGUUUUUGAAACCAUCUGUGCUCCGUAUGAAAUAACUGCAUAUAAAGAUC